CCCCUUUCUCUCUCGUUUCACCUCAGAGGAGGCGCAGAGCCGAGCGGGCGACGCUGCCGCCGCUUUCUCCGGCCGGCCGUCCGCCUCUCCUUCGCGAUGGGCUCAGAGAAGGACUCGGAGUCGCCGCGCUCUACCUCGAUACACGCGGCUGCCCCGCCGGCCAAAUGCCCCAAGAGCGGCUCAGGACAAGCAGGAGGCGGCAGAGGCACCGGCGGCGGAGGAGGUGACGGCAACAGCGGCAGUAACAGCGGCACCAGCCGCGGCCGACGCCGCCUCCUCAGCUUCCAAAGCGUCUUCUCGGCCGCCGCCUCGGCCGCCUCGUCCUCAGCCUCCGGGGCCGGAGUCCGCCGCCGGCGGAAGGCCAAGGCCAAGCCAGAGCCGCCUCAAGCCAAGCCCGCCCCGGUGGUGGAGGCGGUGGCGGCGGCGAUCGCCAGCCCCACCGCAGCAUCAACCCAGGCCACUCCGCCGCCGCCCUCAUCGCCGCCGCCGCCACAACCUCCUCCUGCUCCUUCGGCGGCGGUUACCGGGGAGGGCGAUGCCGCCGCCGCUGCCGCCACCUCGUCUUCGUCGUCGUCUUCUGGUGCGGAGUGCGAGGAGGGCGGCGAGGAGUCCUCCCCGUCGGAGCUGGAGUGCCCGCUGUGCCUGGUGCGGCAGCCGGCGGGCAACGCGCCGCGCCUCCUCUCGUGCCCGCACCGCUCGUGCCGCUCGUGCCUCCGCCAGUACCUGCGCAUCGAGAUCACCGAGUCGCGCGUCAACAUCAGCUGCCCCGAGUGCAGCGAGCGCCUCAACCCGGCCGACAUCCGCCUCCUCCUGCGUGACUCGCCCCACCUCGUCGCCAAGUAUGAGGAGUUCAUGCUCCGCCGCUGCCUGGCCGCCGACCCGGACUGCAGGUGGUGCCCGGCCCCGGACUGCGGGUGAGAGAGAGCAAAGGCAGGGGCAGGAGGAAGGACACGCUUAAUAAUAAUAAUAAUAAUAAUAAUAAAAUAAAAAUAAGUAAAAACAGCAGCUGCUACUUUGGUGGCCGUUAUGGGAAGUAAAUUGCUUUAUCUG